AAUGAAAACACAAGCAUGAAUACAAACGAAAUUGGCAAAAUAAAGUCAUUAGCUUUACGUGAUUUUUUAACCUACGAUGAAUUGAAAUUUUUUCCCGGCGAGAAUUUAAACAUUAUUAUUGGUCCUAAUGGCACAGGCAAGUCAACAAUCGUUGCUGGUAUUAUUCUUGGUUGUGGUGGAAAGCCUGCAUUACUUUCCCGAAGCAAAGACAUUUCUGAUUAUGUCAAGAAUGGAAAGAAUAAAGCCCAUAUCGAAAUAGAAAUAGUUUCAGGCAUCAAUGACCAAACUACAAUAUUUCAUCGAAAUUUUGACAAACAAUCCAAAGAAAUCUUUUCGGUAGACGGUAGAAAAGUUGGAAUAAAAGAAUACUUAAAAGAAGUUAAAAAGUUCAACAUUCAGGUAGAUAACUUGUGCAUGUUUCUUCCACAAGAUCGUGUUCAAGACUUCACAAAACUCAAUCCACAAGAACUUUUACGGAAUACUCAAUCAAGUGUUUGUUCUGAAGAAGUUAACAAUGCAUUCCAAAGUCUUUUGACAAUACGCGACCAACAAAAGAAUAAUUCCAAGCAACAUGAUAAUAUCCUAGUUCAACUUGAAGAUAAUCGCAAUCGUAAUAAUCAACUUCGACUAGUCAUUGACAAUAAUAAGCUGAGAGAAGAUUUGAUCAAGAAAGUUGAGUUACUUAUGAAGAAGAAAGCUUGGUGUCUCUUUGAUACAGCCAAUAUGGCUUAUCAAGAGGUGAAGAAGGAUUUCCUUAUGAUGACCAAUAAAUUAAAAGAAAAAACUGACGCUAUGAAGCCAUUAGAAAAGAAAAAACAAGAUUUGACAAAAAAGAAAAAUGAGCUCAGAGAAGCUCUUUCAAAAGCAAGAACCAACAUGAAUACAGUUUCAGCAGAAAUAAGUAAACAUCAUGAAGCUUCAGACAAUAUAGAGCGUGAAAUGAACGAAUCACGACGAUAUAUGAAAAAUAUUGAUAAUUCUAUUCGAGAUCAUCAGAAACAAAUAAAAGAAAUUGAACUGUUGAUAAAUUUUCAAAGAAAAGAAGUUGAAGAUGCUAAAAAGUGUUUGACAGAAGCUGGCGAUGUGGAAGUUCAAAUGAAAAGAUAUGAUUCACAAAUAAAAUCCAACAAAACAUCGAGCGAAAAAUUAUUACAGCAGCGGAAUAAAAUUACAAAUAAACUUGAAGAAUCAAUAAUUCCAUCAAUCAGAAACUGUGAACGUAAAAUUACACUGCUUGGUGAUACUCAACGUUUACGAAUUGAAACGUUAAGAAACAACUUUGAAGAUGCUUACACGGCUUAUGAAUGGUUGAAAUCCAAUCGUGAUAACUUUCAGGGACGAAUCUUCAACCCAAUAAUGAUUGAAAUCACAGUGAAAGAGAAAGAAUGUGCCAAAUAUGUUGAGAAUACAAUUCCAUUACGAGAUUUGGUGUCCUUUGUAUGCACAGAUAAAAACGAUAUGAAACAAUUGAUUAAAAAAUUCCGAAAUGAAAUGAAACUUCAAGUGAACAUUGCUUAUGCUGAUGAUACUGAUCAGAUUCGUUUUCAUCCACCAAGAAGCAUUACAGAUUAUUCACCAUCGUUGGGUCUCUAUUCAUAUAUGAUUGACAUGAUCGAAGGACCAGCACCUAUCAUAAAUUAUUUAUGUCAGCUUAAUAAUCUUCACAAAGUUGCAAUUGGCGAUGACAGCACAUUCAAAAAUGCUUCUCAAGUUCCUAGUGAAUUUCGUCUGUUUUUCUCCACAAAUCAUCGCUUUCAUGUUACAGUGUCAAGAUAUUCAAAUGCCAAAUCCACAUCUUCUGUCCCCAUUCAGGAUAAAAAUAUUCUCAAUGUCGGCAUUAAUAAACAUCUCAAGGAACGAGAAUGUAAAAAUUUAGAACGAUGGAAACGUGAAGCUCAAGAAUGUCAAAAUUCAAAAGCAGAAUUAGAGAGACAACUUGGAGAAAUUGAAGAGAAAGUCAAUGUUAUACGAGGUGAAAAGCAACGUCUUCAGAAGAUUAUUGACAAUGUCAAACAUUGUUCUGAUAAAUUACGAAAGAAGGAAAUUGAUCUUCAAACAAUGGCCAAUCAAAAAAUAAAUGUUGUAGAAGAGCAAUCCAAACAUAAAACAAACAUCAGCAAUUUAUUCCAAAGAUAUUUAAAAAUUUGUGGGGUCAUAGCUGAAUUACUUAAGCGAUUGAAAGAUUUUGAGCGUAAACUUGUUUUAGCUCAGAAGGAGUUGACACAAUUUGAUGACAAUAAUCGAGCCUUAAGUCAACAAAUUGAAGUCAUUCAACGUGACAUUGCAAACACAAAAUUACUUUAUGAUCGUGUUAAACAAGCCCAUGAUAUAUCUGAAACACAAAUGCAAACAAGUAAGACUGAAGCUUUGAAAUCGACUGACAACUUAGAACCAACUAGCAAACAUUUUAAAUAUAAAUCUGAAUUUGACAAGUUAAGUAAUUCUCUUGAUGAGUUGGAGAAUACCAUCGAUGAACUUCAAGGACGAGUUGAAUGUAUUCGCGGAAUUGAUCCUCGUAUUAUCACCGAAUAUGAAAAUCGCUUACAGCAAAUUGAAACUUUAGAGAAUUUUCUUGCUAACGAAAAAAGUCAGACGGAAAAAAUGGAACGAAAUCUUCAGCAGUUACAUGAAAAAUGGUUUCCAGCUAUUCAAGCUGUUGUUCAAACUGUCAAUCAAAACUUUUCAUUAUUCUUCAGUAAAAUGGGUUUUGUCGGUGAAGUUGAAAUGACCAGAAAUGAGGAGAGAGAUUAUGCAGAAUAUGGCAUACAAAUUCGAGUUCAAUAUCGAGAUAAUGAGAGAUUGCAAGCAUUGAAUCGCCAUGUUCAAUCGGGAGGAGAACGAGCUGUUGCUAUUGCUUGUUACACUUUAAGUCUUCAGCAUAUCACAAACGUUCCAUUUCGCUGUGUUGACGAAAUUAAUCAAGGAAUGGAUCCUAAAAAUGAACGGAAAAUCUUUCAAAUGCUCGUUGAUAUUACUUGCCAACCACAACAAAGCCAAUAUUUCUUCAUCACACCAAAACUUCUUCCAAAUCUUCCAUAUAACGAUUUAAUGACUGUUACUGUUUAUUCCAAAAUGGGUCGUGUCAGAACCAAAACCGUGAAGAAAGCCUCGAAGGUGAUCAUUGAAAAAUAUUACACUCGUUUGACUUUGGAUUUCCAUACCAACAAACGCAUUGUUGAGGAAGUUGCAAUCAUCCCAACAAAACCGUUGAGAAACAAGAUUGCUGGUUUUGUAACGCAUUUAAUGAAGCGUUUACGUCACUCACAAGUCCGUGGAAUCUCCAUCAAACUUCAAGAGGAAGAACGUGAAAGACGUGACAAUUAUGUGCCCGAGGUUUCAGCUUUGGAACAAGACAUCAUUGAAGUGGAUCCAGAGACUAAAGAGAUAAUCGCAAUGGCUUCAUCAUCAGUAAAGAAUCAGAAAAUUGUUAUCAUUGGAAGUGGAUUAAUCGGUCAGUCAUGGGCAAUGAUUUUUGCAUCGGUUGGAUAUUCUGUAGCCAUUUAUGAUAUCGUGGAGUCACAAGUUGAGAAUGCUUUGAAGCAAGCAAGGCUUCAGCUAAAGAAAUUGGAAAAAGAUGGACUUCUUCGAGGAAAACUAACUGCCGAUGAACAAAUUAGUUGCAUUAAGGGAUGUUCAGACUUGAAGCAAGCAGUGACUGGUGCAUUCUUUUUACAAGAAUGUGUACCAGAAAAUUUGGAGAUGAAGAAAAAACUUUAUAAGCAACUAGAUGAGAUUAUUGACGAUAACAUUAUCUUAUCUUCGUCAACUUCUACAUUCAUGCCAUCACUGUUUUCAGAAAAUAUGAAGCAUCGUGAUCAAGUUUUGGUGUCACAUCCCGUCAAUCCACCCUACUACGCGCCUUUAGUAGAAAUUGUUCCAUCUCCAUGGACGAAACCAGAAAUUGCCGUUCGAACAAGAGCUUUAAUGUCUCUGGCUGGCCAGAAACCCGUUUUGUUGUCACGUCAAAUCGAGGGUUUCGUUUUGAAUCGCAUUCAAUAUGCAAUACUCAAUGAAUGUUGGCGUUUAAUUUCUGACGAUAUUUUAAGCGUUGCUGAUAUAGACGUGGUAAUGAAGGAUGGUUUAGGAAUGAGAUAUGCAUUCUUAGGCCCACUGGAAACAGCACAUUUAAAUGCGGAAGGUUUCCGUUCAUAUUGUGAACGUUAUUCAAACUCCAUUUAUGAAGUAAGCCAAACUAUGGGACCAACACCAAGAAUGGAAGGUCCUGCUAUGGAGAAGAUUGUUAAACAAUUAGAAGAAAUGUGUCCACUUGAAGAUUUAGAAAAACGCCGUGCAUGGCGUGACUCGUGUCUUACAAACUUAAGUGAAUUGAAGAAGAAAUCAGGCAAUUAGAACUCAUCAAUGAUGCAAAUCUUGCCAUUGCGAUUUAUCUCUUUAGUUUUGUCAAAUAUCUAUUUGAGUUAUGAAAUAAAUCAAAUUUCACAAACAUAAA